AUGGCCGCUCCCUCAACCCGAGAUCGCUCGAUCUCCGUCCUCGACGCAGGCUCGAUACACAACAUCUCUUCCGGCCAGGUCGUCGUCGACCUCCAGACGGCCGUAAAGGAGCUCGUCGAGAAUAGCCUCGAUGCCGGAGCUACUACCAUCGACGUCCGCUUCAAGGACUACGGCCUCGACUCCUUCGAGGUUGUCGACAACGGGUCCGGCAUCCCUCCCCAAGACUACGACUACAUCGCGCUCAAGCACCACACCUCCAAGCUCGCCUCCUUCACCGACCUCCAGUCCGUGACCACCUUUGGCUUCCGCGGCGAAGCCCUCUCCUCCCUCUGCGCCCUCGCAGAUUCCGUCUCCGUCACGACCGCAACCGCCGCCGAUGCACCCGUGGCCACCGUCAUCGACUUUGAGCGCACAGGCAAGGUGAGCAAGAAGGCCAAGGCCGCGCGUCAGAGAGGAACUACGGUCACCGUCUCAGGCCUCUUCAAGCCCCUCCCCGUCCGCCGCAAAGAGCUCGAGCGCAACGCCAAGCGCGAGUACGCCAAGGCCCUCUCCCUCCUCCACGCCUACGCCCUCGUCCCCUGCGCGCACGACAACAAGGGCGUCCGCCUCACCGUCGUCCACCACACUGCCCAGGGGUCCAAGAGCGUGCAGGUGCGCACGGACGGCACCCCCUCCACCCGCGCCUCCGUCUCCGCCAUAUGGGGCCCCAAGGCCCUCGAGCACCUCGUCGACCUCGACCUCGCCUUCCCCGUCGAGCCCGAGGCCGCUCUCUUGCGGCGCCUGGGGCCCGCGCAAGACGACGAGCGCGCGAACGAGGUCAAGGUCAAGGGCCUCAUCUCAAAGUUUGCCGUGGGCUGCGGGCGAAAUGGCACAGACCGCCAGUUCUUCUUCGUGAACGGGCGGCCGUGCGCGCCCUCGAAGGUGCAGAAGGCGUUCAACGAGGUGUACAGGUCGUUCAACGCGACGCAGUCGCCCUUCGUCAUCGCGGACUUUAUCCUCCCCACCGACUCGUGCGACAUCAACGUCAGCCCCGACAAGCGCACCAUCCUGCUCCACAGCGAGAACAACCUCGUCCAGGCACUCAAGGUAUGCACUCGAGCUCGCGUCGUGUCGUGCGCUCAUCGUCGUGUAGGCUGCGCUCGAGGAGACGUACGCGCCCUCGCGAUCGACGUUCGACGUCAACCCAUCCCAGGCUCCGAGCAAGGCCGUUCCGGUGGCGACGCAGCGCACGCGAUCCGCCAAGGAGAAGGAUCUGCUGUUCCUGCCCGACGAGGAUGA